UAGCCACCAUAAUAAGCUUGUUCUUACUGAUGCAGGAAAGAGGAGAAGUUGAUUGGAGUAAAUUAACGACAGAAACUUAUGAGUUGGCAGAAGAAUGCUUGCAAAUAAACUACUAUGGUGCUAAAAGAACAGCUGAAACACUUAUCCCACUCCUCCAGUUAUCUGACUCACCGAGAAUUGUUAAUGUUUCGUCUGGCUUGGGGAAGUUAAACAACAUACCAAAUGAUUGGGCUAAAGGAGUUUUUACUGAUGCUGAUAACCUAACAGAAGAGGGAGUAGAUGAGGUACUGACUGAGCUUCUAAAAGCCUUCAAGGAGGGUUCACUUGAAAGUAAGGGCUGGCCUUCUUCUUUUUCUGCCUAUAUAGUCUCAAAAGCUGCACUGAACGCAUAUACAAGGAUUCUAGCAAAGAAGUACCCCGAUAUUCGUAUCAAUUCGGUAUGCCCUGGCUUUGUCAAAACCGAUCUAAACUCCAAUGCCGGCGUCUUGCCUGUCAAAGAAGGUGGUGCCAGAGUUGUGAGGACAGCAUUGCUGCCCAAUGAUGGCCCUUCUGGCUCCUUCUUUGUUCAGUAUGAAGUGUCAGAUAUUGAACAAACGAAUCAAAAAAUUUCUUCUUCUCAUUAUUAUUUAUUUGAAUAUAGACCACAAAAUUCAAAGGCUUUCCAAGAAUUACACUAUAAAAGAAAGGAAGGCUCCUUCUGUUUAAUACACAUCUCAAUUCUCACAGACCGUGCCAUUUCUAAUAUAUCAAUGGCAGAAGCAACAAAGAGGUAUGCAGUUGUUACUGGAGCAAACAAAGGCAUAGGAUUGGAAACUGUGAGGCAAUUGGCCUCAAAUGGAUUCACUGUAGUCUUAACUGCCAGAGAUGAGAAAAGGGGUCUUGAAGCUGUUGAGAAACUCAAAGAAUCUGGCCUCUCAGGUCAAGUGGUUUUUCAUCAACUUGAUGUGGCUAACCCUACUACUGUUGCUUCCUUGGCAGAGUACAUCAAAACCCAGUUUGGAAAACUCGAUAUCUUGGUGAACAAUGCAGGGAUUACUGGAAGCCAAGUAGACGGUGAUGCUCUUAAAGCUGUAGCAGACACUGGUGCCGUGGAAAGAGGAGAAGUUGAUUGGAGUAAAUUAACGACAGAAACUUAUGAGUUGGCAGAAGAAUGCUUGCAAAUAAACUACUAUGGUGCUAAAAGAACAGCUGAAGCACUUAUCCCACUCCUCCAGUUAUCUGACUCACCGAGAAUUGUUAAUGUUUCCGCUUCCUUGGGGAAGUUAAAGAACAUACCAAGUGAUUGGGCUAAAGGAGUUUUUACUGAUGCUGAUAACCUAACAGAAGAGGGAGUAGGUGAGGUAUUGACUGAGCUUCUAAAAGCCUUCAAGGAGGGUUCACUUGAAAGUAAAGGCUGGCCUUCUUCUUUGUCUGCCUAUAUAGUCUCAAAAGCUGCACUGAACGCAUAUACAAGGAUUCUAGCAAAGAAGUACCCCGAUAUUCGUAUCAAUUCGGUAUGCCCUGGCUUUGUCAAAACCGAUCUAAACUCCAAUGCCGGCGUCUUGCCUGUCAAAGAAGGUGGUGCCAGAGUUGUGAGGACAGCAUUGCUGCCCAAUGAUGGCCCUUCUGGCUCCUUCUUUGUUCAGUAUGAAGUGUCAGAUCUUUGGUGUUUUUUCUUUUGUUUUUCCUGGUAUGCAGUUGUUACUGGGGCAAACAAAGGCAUAGGAUUGGAAACUGUCAGGCAGUUGGCCUCAAAAGGAUUCACUGUAGUCUUAACUGCCAGAGAUGAGAAGAGGGGUCUUGAAGCUGUUGAGAAACUCAUAGAGUCUGGCCUCUCAGGUCAAGUGGUUUUUCAUCAACUUGAUGUGGCUAACCCUGCUAGUCUUGCUCCUUUGGCAGACUUCAUCAAAACCCAGUUUGGGAAACUCGAUAUCUUGGUGAACAAUGCCGGUAUUGGUGGAAGCACAGCAGAUCCUGAUGCCUUUAGAGCUGUAGUAGAGUCUGGUGCCUUUGGAAGAGGUGAAGUUGAUUGGAGUAAACUAAAUACUGAAACUUAUGAGUUGACAGAAGAAUGCUUGCAAAUAAACUAUUAUGGUGCUAAAAGAACAGCUGAAGCACUUAUCCCACUCCUCCAGUCAUCUGAUUCACCGAGAAUUGUUAAUGUUUCGUCUUUCAUGGGGAAGUUAAACAACAUACCGAGCGGUUGGGCUAAAGGAGUUUUUACUGAUGCAGAAAACCUAACAGAAGCGAGACUAGAUGAGGUACUGACUGAGCUUUUAAAAGACUUCAAGGAGGGUUCCCUUGAAAGUAAGGGCUUUCCUUCUUCUUUGUCAGCCUAUAUAGUCUCAAAAGCUGCACUGAACGCAUAUACAAGGUUUCUAGCAAAGAAGUACCCCACUUUUCGUAUCAAUUCGGUCUGCCCUGGCUUUGUCAAAACAGAUAUAAACUACAAUAUCGGUGUCCUACCUGUCGAAGAAGGCUCUGCAAAGGUUGUGAAGUUAGCAUUGGUGCCCAAUGAUGGCCCUUCUGGCUCCUUCUUUGUUCAGUAUGAAGUGUCAGAUUUUUAAUUGAAGACACAUGAUCCAUUUAUGCAAAUUAAAUACAUGUUAUUUAUUUGGCAGGAUCUUGAAUUUUUAAUGUAACAAAGUAUAUUUGGACCCAGCACCAGAUCCUUUUUAAGUUCUUUCUACAUUCAA